AUGGCGAAAUCUUACUCAAAGUCUGAAUUUCAUAAUUUAAUGGAGAAAGUGGAGGUAGUUGAUGUUAUGGUGAAGAAUUACUUGGAGUUGGCGGGAUACGAUAAGUGGGCUAGGUCAUAUGCAACAAUUCAUAGGGGAUGGACCUUAACAUCAAAUAUUGCAGAGUCAAUUAAUGUUGCACUGGUAUCAGCUAGAGAACUUCCAAUAUAUGAUUUUCUAGAGGAAGUUAUACCAGCGUCAGAGUACGUCUAUACUGUCCACGAUAAGGAGAAACAUUUUAUAGUUUGUCUAAAGGAAAAAAAUGUUCUUGUCAUGCAUGAGAUACCAUGUGUGCAUGCUUGUGUUGUACUUGAUAGCAAGAAUCUUGAAAAAGGACCAUAUUGCUCUAAUCUAUACAAGCCAAAAAUUGUACUGAGAACGUAUAAUCUUUCUGUUUAUCCUCUACCACAUAAAGAUCACUG